GGCAGCAGCAGGAGGGGCGCUGGGAGCGAGAGCAGCUCGCGGGCGGCGUUCCCUGCCUACGGCUGCAGAGGCAGGCGAUGAAGCCGCCACCGGGCUGGAGCUCCGGCAGAGACCCGUAAGCCCAUCCUGGCCGAGAGAGAGGCGGGCAAGGAGGAUCGGUAACGGCCGCUGACUUGCACCGGAGCCGUGCUGUCUUGCAGCAGUCCAGCCUGGCUCGGGCAGCGCGUAUCCCAAAGCCGGAGAGGAGCCCGAUCCGUAGCUGCAGCUCAGGAGAGGGGGAUGCCGGAGAGACGCCGCUGGCGCCGGGGAAGCAGCCCGCCACUCGCCCGGGUGGGAUGGAGCGCAUGGUCCGCCUGAUGCAGCUGCUGCUCCUGGGCUGCUCCCUGGCUCUGCUCCCGCCGGCGGCGGAGCCCCUCUGCCCGGAGCCAUGCGACUGCCAGCAGCAGCAGCACCUCCUCUGCACCAACCGCGGGCUGCGGGCCGUGCCCAAGGCGCUGGAGCCUCAGGACAUCCUCACCUACAGCCUGGGCGGGAACUUCAUCGCCAACAUCUCCGCCUUCGACUUCCACCGCUUGGUGGCGCUGCAGCGCCUGGACUUGCAGUACAACCGCAUCCGCUGGCUCCACCCCAAGGCCUUCGAGCGCCUGGCGCGCCUGGAGGAGCUCUACCUGGGCAACAACCUGCUGGCGGCCCUGGCGCCCGGCACGCUCCGCCCCCUGGCCAAGCUGCGCAUCCUCUACGUUAACGCCAAUGAGAUUGCUUACCUCAGUGCCGCUUCUUUCGCGGGCUUGGGCAGUCUGGUCAAGCUGAGGCUGGAUGGCAACGCGUUGGGCUCGCUGGGCGAUGCAACCUUCGCUGGGCUGUCCAAUUUGCUCUACUUGCACCUGGAGGCCAACCGCAUCCGCUGGCUGAGCCGCAAUGCUUUUGCUGGCCUGGGCAAACUGCGGUUCCUGGACUUGUCAGGCAACCAGCAGAAUUUGUUGCGCCAUCCGGACACCUUCCAGCCUAUGCGCUUGCUCAACACCCUUCUUCUCUCGGGCAACAACAUACAGCAGUUGGCAAAAGGGCUCUUCCAACACUUGCCCAGUUUGGCCAAGCUGUCCUUGAGCGGGAACCGCCUGGCUUGGUUGGCACCAGAGGCCUUCGCAGGGCUGGGAGCCCUCAAGGAGCUGCACUUGGAAGGCAACCUGCUGAGCCAGCUCGCUUCCACUUUGCUGCAGCCGUUGGGUAACCUGGAGGUGCUGGAUCUGAGCCACAACUUGCUUGUUAGCCUUCACCCUGACACCUUUGCCCACCUGCACAAAUUGAGGGAGCUUAGCUUGCAAGAAAAUGCUCUGUCUACUCUGUCCGGGGACCUCUUUGCCUCCAGUCCAGCUCUCUACCAACUGGAACUUGAUGGGAAUUCCUGGAGCUGUGAUUGCCGCCUGCAAGGCUUGAAGCGCUGGCUGGGCUCCUGGCAUUCCCGGGGACGGCUCCUGACCGUCUUCGUGCAGUGCCGCAAACCGCUUGCGCUGGCUGGGAAAUAUCUUGAUUAUCUGGAGGAUUCCCAGCUCCUACCUCCCCCCAAUGGCUCUUGUUCCGAAGCGACUGCCUCUCCUUCCCCAUCCCCUCAAGGCAACAUCAGCUACAGCCCAGGCCGGGUACAGGAGAGGCUAAGCUCUUUGCCUUCUGCCUCAACCAUGCAAUUGGUAGGAUCCCAGAAGAUGUUAGUCCCCGUGCCAGAAAGAGGCAGUUGGGUGACUGACGCUAGCCCUACCACCUCAACAGCUCAUUUGCUGCUCAGCACCAGGCCACCUCCUCUGCCUGGUGGCGCUUGGCCCAGACGGGCAGGGAAACACCACUUGGUCUCUUCAGUGUCUGCUGUCCCUCCACUGGUCACUGACCCAUGUGAUUUUAAUAAGUUGUUUCUGUACAACCUGUCGGUGGAUUCGGUAAGCACCAGUGUAGUGACUGUGCGCUGGGGGGUCCGCCCACAUCGUAGCCCUCGUUUGCUGGGGCCUGUGCGCUUCAGAAUCCUUUUUGAUCGCUUUGGGGCUGCUGUCAAGUUCCAGCGCUUUGUUUAUCUCCCUAAAUGGAGUGAGCCGACGGCCACGCUCCAGGAGCUGCGCCCUGAUACCCCUUACCUGGUCUGUGUGGAGGGAGUAAUUGGGGGCCGUGUCUGCCCGGUAGCACCACGAGACCAUUGUGCGGGGCUGGUCACCUUGCCUGAAGAGGAUGCAGCAGCAGCUGCUGCUGUGGCAGGUGGGGCUAGAGGCCCAGACCAGCAGCUUCUCACCCUGGUGCUGCUGGCAGUGAAUGCACUGCUGCUCUUCCUGGCACUGGCAGCCUGGGCCUCCCGCCUGGUGCGGAAGAAGGUGCUAGGGUGCCGUCGGAGGAAGGCAGCAUCACCGGUACAUGUUAGGCAGAUGUACUCAACCCGUCGGCCCUUACGCUCCAUGGGCACUGGUGUGUCUGCAGAUUUCUCUGGCUUCCAGUCUCAUCGUCCUCCCCGUAGCACUGUAUGUGCCUUAAGUGAGGCUGACCUCAUUGAAUUCCCCUGUGAGCGCUUCUUGGACAGUGCUGGCAGCGGUGGUAACAGCAGUGCCCGCCGUGGAGAGGAUCACCUUUUGCAACGGUUUGCGGACUAAGAUGGGCAGCAUUAAUAAAACUAUAAUUUGCAGGGUUCUGUUAGGCUGGAAUCAGCUGGAUGUUAAAAUUGUGGUUUAGGGAGGUCUUCUGGGAACUGUAGCCCAUACUUGGCUAAGGGGCCACCAUUGAACAAAAAUGGUGGUUCAUCUGACAAAUGGUAGAUGGCUCUAGAACAGAAUAUGCUCAGAAACAGCAACUAAGGAAGUUUGCUAUUACUUAAGUGAUUGCUGCUUAGGGACCAAAUGAAACUACCAUGGGAUUCCACCACUAUUCUUUCCUGAAGUUGGAUGGGCACUGAUUCCUGUUCAUUGGCAAAUAACAAUAUUUAAAAAUUUAAAAUAUCAUGUGGGUUCAUUUUCUAAAUUGUCCCAUCAUUAUUUUUCACACUCACUGCCCCUAGAUUUAACUUUGUUGUUAAUCAUAGUUAUUCUUGAGCAGAAAAUGAAUUAAGAAGCUGAAAUGGAAAAAAAAGUGAUGCAGUAUGUUUCCAGCUGGUUUCCGUGCCUUUGUGUUACCUUUACCUGUGGCCUUACACCAUUUUAAGUGCUAUUCCCAUCAAUGAAUGCAAGGUCAGAAAUAGGGCUCCUCCUUCACAGGACAGUAAUCUGGUUAGAUUUUAAUUCUUUCGUAGUAAAACGUCGUAGUGGAACUGUUUUCUGUACUGGCAUUCCAUUCUGGCGGAAACAGCAGUGUGCGCCUCCUGAUCAUGCACAAGCCCAUACAUACUACUGUUGCCACUAGUAAGACUAUACUGGCAUUGUUAUGCAUACAUUGAAUACAUUUGGAACAGUGCACAAGCCAAGGGUGUGAAAGAGCACAUGUUUUGCCUGCAGAAGGUCUCAAGUGGAGACCCAUGGCAGCUCCGGUUAAAGGAUCUCAGUGUUGGGAAAGCCCUUUCUGUGCUUGCCCUUGAAGAGCAGCUGCCAGUCAGAAUACACAGUCAUGAACUAGGUAGACCAGGGGUUGAUGCAGUAUAAGGCAACUUUGCAUGGUCACUGUAGUGUUACUACUUCUGUAGCUUCACUGCAGCAGCAAUGUAUUUUUUAGUAGUGCUCACAAGAGGGACAGUCAUGUUUAAAGUGGCCCUAAGAGGCUGUAGAAUUGAUUCCCUAGUGCAUGAUUCAGAGGUAGUUUAUUGUAUCUGAAAUCAGUGAAAUUGCAGAUACUGCUUUUCAUAGAUACUGCAUUUGAAGUUGUUAAGAAAAUCCAGGUGUGCCUAACUUUUGUCAGAUAAUGUGAACCCAACUUACUACUAUAAAACAGUAGUAGGAUUAUUCUUGAAUUUAUAAUAUUAAACACUGAUGCUCAAAAUUCAAAAACUAUUUUGGUUCCUAGGCUUUGAGUAAAGAAUUUUUUUCAAGGGUUUCCUUGAAAAUGAACAUUAGCUUGUACACGGUUUUUAAAAAGAUAGAAUGGUGCAUUUUAUACUGACCAGGUUUUGUGUUUUUUUUUUAACUCCAAUGAAUGUGAGAUGUCUUUAUGUGUGUUUUUAUAAAUAUGCAAAAGGAAAAUGCAAACAAUUUUUAUUUUGUAAGGCUAAAUUGCUGACACCACUAGGAAAAACUAACCAAAGUUUGUUACAAUUUGUUUAGAAUGAAUUGUUUUUACAAUGGUUUUGAAUAAAUACUUUUUGGUACUCGUACAACUUAACAUUUUUAAAAGCUCUCAGGGUAUGUAUUUGGAGAGUUAAUCAAAGGAGUGUGUUUGGUAGAUAACCUGGACAUAUUGUUUCUGAAAGUAGCAAUCAGAGCAUAGUUCAAACAUCUGGAACAUUUUUAGACAUCCCCAAUUAGGCAAUACCUCUUAAAAUGUACUUCAUUUGACCUGGAAGUUAAUUUUUAAUAUAAAGAAAUUCAGCCAAUUUAUUGGGUAAUGAAUACAUUGUUCUAAAGUAUAUUGACUCAUAUUAGAAGCUAUGUAGGUGCUCACAUUUAAUUUGACUCACAUCAGAAGCUUUAUAUGUGCUUUCAUGUGAUAUUACUUAAGUUAAUCUAUGUUUGACAUCACUUUUUAUUUUUCAGCUUGUUGAGCUAUGAUGUCAUCAAACAUUUUCUUAUUGGGUCACACACCACGGAAAAUGGGAACUGUUCCUUCUGGGGUCUGUUGCUUUCGGUGAUUCUUGUGCCAGGAAACUUCCCAGUGGAUUGUGUCUCUGGAGAUCAUGUCUCCAAGGGAAUGAAAUUGGUGUAUCUUUUGGUUUGCAAGAAUGACAUUUUAAUUCAUACCUUUUUCAAUAGUGCUAUUUUAGGGCACAAACAUUUUAAUUUCGGAGCAGUCAGAAAUGUUUUGAUUAGAUUUCUAUACACACUCCAUGAUUCUUGAACCUAUGAUGCUUGGAUUCAUGUCAAACUUCAUAUUCUUGAUGUGUUCCAUACCAGCCCUGAUUCUGGUCUGUUUCCUGGUACACAAUGAGAGCCUAGUAAACAGGAAAAAGAAUUACAUGCUGAUGAAUACCACAGUUGCAUAUGCUCAGAUCCACCCAUCUUGUGUUUGUGUGUGGAUUCUUCCCUGCAGAUAUCUUUGCCCAUUUUCACAUCUGACA